UGCUCAUUUCGACUUGCAUAUAUUAUUUUUAGUCUUUUUCUUUUUAUGCUGUAUUUGUACAAAGAGAUAGCAGGAUUUCUAAUAGAAUGGGUUCUUCAUCUGUUUGGGUUUUUUGUUGCACUGUGGGUAGUAUACGCAAUUCGAGAGGCUUUAUUAGAUCAUGCAUCCCCAAAGUAUAGGCCAUCAGAAGUUGCCACUUUUCUUCCUCCUACCUGCUAUAUACGGUCUCUUAAAAAGCAACGAUAUGAUUUGUAGUAUAUCUCGUAUUUAUUGCUUCAUAUAAGAAUCUGUUUAAGAAGCGCGCGCUAAAUAUCUUAUCUAAUUUCAGAUGUUUAUAUUAAACUAAACCGUAUGCGCGCUUUGUUUACAGAGACUUAACUAUUAAAAUACUCUCAAAAUAACUGAACAAAAUUAUAAAGAAUAUUCACAGUAACCAAUAAUUAUUUAUGCGUAUUUAAGAAUAUAAAAUCAUAUUACACAGCAUUUUUGCGUUCUAUGAAAUUUUCCUACUUGAACG